UGCCCGGCAGCUUCCGCCUCCUCCCAGCGCUGCUCAGGUCGGUCAGUCGGGAAAUGCCCGGGCCGCUGGCGGCUCGCUGAGCGACCUCAGGGGCUGCAGCGCCGAGCCCGGACCGCCACUGCCCCCACCCCCACCCCCGCCACCAUGAGUAAGAUCGGCAAGUUGUUCAAGGGCGGCGGCCCCGGGCGCCCCAAGGGGCGCGCGGGCCCCACGCCCCAGGAGGCCUUAGCCCGGCUGCGGGAGACCGAGGAGAUGCUCACCAAGAAGCAGGAGUAUCUGGAGACCAGGAUCCAGAGGGAGCUGGCCGCGGCCAAGCAGCACGGCACCAGGAACAAGCGAGCUGCAUUACAAGCCCUGAAGAGAAAAAAGAGGUACGAGAAACAGUUGAGCCAAAUUGAUGGGACUCUCUCCACCAUCGAGUUCCAGCGGGAAGCAUUGGAAAAUUCCCACACCAACACAGAAGUGUUCAAGAAUAUGGGCUAUGCUGCACAAGCAAUGAAAAAAGUGCAUGAAAAUAUGGACCUAGACAAAAUUGAUUCUUUGAUGGACGAUAUCACUGAACAGCAAGCAGUUGCCCAGGAGAUCUCAGAAGCUAUUUCAAACCGAGUUGGGUUUGGUGAUGAGUUUGAUGAGGAUGAGUUGAUGGCAGAAUUGGAGGAAUUGGAGCAAGAAGAACUGAAUAAGAAAAUGACGGAUGUCAGAUUGCCAAGUGUCCCAUCCACAUUGCUGCCUUCCCGCCCUGCAUCCUCCAGGAAGAAAGUGGAAGAUGAAGAUGAUAUGAAGCAGCUGGCGGCUUGGGCUUCGUAACAUCAGACUGCAGUGUUUAGAACAACAGGUUUCUUACGAUACAGGUGUAAAGAGUUGCAAUAAUGUUUUAUAUGCUUAACAAGUCGGGCCCAAUUUGAUCACUUGUUUUACUUUGAUCUUUAAAAAAUGACUUAACUUUGAUACUAUUUUUAAAUGUUUUGUUUUUUUAAAGAGAUUUUCAGGACUUGGCCAGUCUUGUAUCAUUUUUACAAGGAAGAAUCCAGUGGAAUUUUUAUUAAAUAGAGCUUUUACUGGGUGGAGCCUUACUACAGAGUAUUUUUGUGAGACACUAAGGCCCCUAUGUACACACGUGACCAAAUUCACUGCUGGAGUGAAUGUUUGAAAUGUAGUAAAGUCACAAAGGCUUACAAGCAGUGGUCAGUUUGGCUCAGAGUAUUUGAAAGCUAGUGGAACAGCUUCCGUAAGCUGCUCCGAGCACAUGGACCUAAUGGGGCUGCAUAUGGGCACAGAGAUCACCCACCGAGAGCAUCUUGCAGUAUCAGGGUCCCAAAUUGUAAGCUCCUUGGAGGAGAAUCUUCUAUGACAGGCUUUGGGGGGGUUGGUUUUGUUUUUUUCCCUGUAAAUCACCAUAUACACCUCUAUAAUUAGUUAUAAUCAAGGUUUAAAAUCAGUUCAGGGUCAUUCAGUGAAAAUGGUUUGGCUCUCAAGUGUAACUAGGGGAAAACUAGAGUGUAGAAUUAGUUUUAAUCUAGGUCCCUGCCAGUUUAAAACUGAUUCAGUUAACUCUGUUAAAGACCAAGAGGAGAUGUGGCCUAACUACUGCUUAUAUGCCUCCCAACUUAACUUUUCUAGGAGGAGUCAUAACUUCAUAUUACAGAUUGUUAAAGGUUGUCAUAAUGGGACUUGUAAUACUGUGAUUUCAAAAUAACAUCGGUUUCCAAGCAUUCAGUUCCUGUACUGAGACUUGAAUGGAAAUUGUAUCGAAGUGUUAAUAUUUGAAAUUUCUUUUAACUUCUUUCUUUCACUUCUUUGAAUGUGAAUGAUUUAGAUGUGAUGUUCAUGUACAGUGUUGCACAACUGAUUAUUUUUAGUCUAAUGGUACAAAUGUUAUUUUGAGUGCUGAAAUACUGUGUAUGCAGAGAAAUCAGAACAAGCAAAGUAAAUGAGACCUUCUGACUUAAUAACCCACUGCUGUCCGCAGUGAAAUACUGAAACACUUACGUGGGGGAGGUGGGGGGGUCUCUAGAGUACUGGAAAUCAAAGUAAUACUGAUCUGGGUUUCUAGUUUUAAAAAUUAUAAUUGAUAAUCAGGCCAGCCAGGAAACAGUGGACAACGGGGGUUCUUUAUCCUUGUAGCAGCAGCAGAUUAACCACUUAAGAUUCUGUGCCAAGCACUUUGGCCUCACACCAGCAAAUGACUUCAGUCACCCAUUCUUCUGUACUUAAUGUUAAGCAUGUGCUUAUGUGUGUGCUCCUGGAUGAAGGCCAGAGUGCUCAACAGCUUGCUGGACUGAGCCCUGUUAAUGGAAUGGAGCGGAUUCCGAAGUUACAAAUAAGACUGGCUGGAUUCUCCUCUUACACUAGUUCUGUACUAGUGUAACUUCACUGGACUUACUUUUGGUCUAUGUAGGUAUGAAUGGAGAAUUAGGUCUGUGUGCAAAGCUAAGCAGCUAAGCCUACACUAAAGGGAAAAGUCAAUCUAAGCGAUGCAAUUUGAGUUACGUGAAUAGUGUAUUCAAAUCAACAUAGCUUAGAUCUACUUCCUGCGGGGCCCACGCUACACGAUAUCAAUGAGAGACGCUCUCACGUUGACUCCCCUUGCUCUUCCUGAUCAGGUGGAGAACAGGAGUCAACGGGAAAGCGAUUGGUGGAUAGCCGAUGCAUUGAUUGCCACAGCGUCCAUCCUCCGGUAAGUGUAGACAAGCUCUUAGAGAAAACCAGGUGCACGUGCAACUCUGUUGCAGAGCUAGGAGGCACCAGAAAGAAUCUCUUUCUGGAGCAAGAAAAAGAAAGCUGGAACUUUGUAGGUCUCUAUUUUAAAACAAUGUAUUUUAUAUUUUAAAACAUAGUCUUUUAAAUUUAUUAUGGAAACUAAUACAGUAACAAUGUAAUUCAAUUCUAUUGCAUUCUAAAAUGCAAGACAAGAUACCGAUGAGAAGCUGCUGGGACUAGGGGGUUUAUUAAAAUAACUAAUAGUCUGAGUUAAGAUCUGUUUUCUAUGCACUUGGUGAGAGUCACAUUUUCAAGGUUAAGCAAGCUUAUAUGUGUCAAUGUACCUAAGUUAUGGAUAAAUUGGGCAACAGUGAUGGACUGCUUAGGCGCAUAACUGGCCAUGUGUUUGCACAGAUCUGAUCACUGCACACACCUCUGGCAUUUCUAUACAUAAGUUAGGUAAUGCCAAUAUGUUUACAUGCUUAGUUUGGAAAGACUGGCCCAUAACAUCUGUUUUUUCUCAAGUUAAUAGUUUUCCAGUACUUAGCACUUAACCUGUUCAAAGUGCUUGACUAACACUAAUUAAAUACAAUGUACGUUUGAUUGUACCUUUUAGAAGUAACCAGAGAUAUUUGUAUUGCUAUUUAAUUUCUCUUGAAAUAAAGACAUGGUCCCUGCACUGGAAAGCUUUCUCUGUG